AUGAAGUUCUUUGGUUGGAUGCAAAAUAAGCUUAAUGGGAAACAAGGACCCAGCAAGUCAAAUACAAUAUCUGCUACUUAUCAUAUGAAACAAGAGCCUCGGGAGGAGUUCAGUGAUUGGCCACAUGGACUGUUAGCAAUAGGGACAUUUGGUAACAAUGAGCUUAAAGAAAACCCUGAAUCCCAAAGCACCAUUCAACAGGAACCCAUUGAGAUUCAAGACCAAGAGCCAUGUUCGUCCGAUGAUUUACAGGAGUUCACGGUCGAAGAAGUCGGGAAACUACAAAAGGAACUAACGAAACUCUUGUCCCGAAAACCGAACCCCAACACAAAAAAAGAAGUAGCAAGUUUACCAUUGGAUAGAUUUCUUAAUUGUCCAUCAAGCUUGGAAGUGGAUAGAAGGUUUAGCAAUGCGGUUUGCAGUGAUGCAGGGGAGAGAUCGGAGGAAGACAUCGAUCGAACCAUUAGCAUUAUCCUCGGCAGAUGCAAAGACAUACGUGGUGAAGAUAAUAAGAAAAAGGCCAUUGGGAAGAAAUCAAUUUCUUUCCUUUUGAAGAAGAUGUUUGUUUGUUCAGGUGGAUUUCCACCUACACCAACUUUGAGAGAUACACUACAAGAAUCAAGAAUGGAGAAGCUUUUGAGGGUAAUGCUUCACAAGAAGAUUUACAGUCAAAAUCCAACUAGAGAACCAUCAAUGAAGAAAUACUUGGAGGACAAGCAAACACCCAAAAGGCAAAAAAUUCCAGAUGAAAAUGAAACAGUGGAGAGAAAGAGUGAAGAUGGAGGUAAAUGGGUGAAAACAGAUUCUGAAUAUAUUGUUCUAGAGAUAUAA